AGAGACCUGUGUAUAGAAUAGAAUUGUGUUGAGUUUUAUUAUCUGUUAUGUUUAGUUUGCUUUCAAUGAGGCUGUUUUAUGUUUGUAAUUGUGCCUGUGGCUGUUUAAUGCUGCUUUGCUCAAAGUUCAUGGAGCUGCCGGCUGUCAAUCCAACGUGCUUUGGCAGAAGGUCAGCGGGCGGAAGGACGAGCGAGCGUAACCGACAUUUGACAACAUUCAAGCUCGACAUGAAGCCUCGACAUGCUGCCGCCUCCGCUGCUGCUGUGUUUCUGUUCUCACUGCUCUGGCCUGGCUGCUGGUGCAGGAACGAAGAGGAACGCCUCAUCAACUUCCUGUUCAAGGAGCGCGCCUACAGCAAGGAGUUGCGUCCCGUGCAGAGACAGCAGGACGCCGUGGACGUCUACCUCGCUCUCACCCUCUCCAACCUUAUCUCCUUGAAAGAAGUGGACGAGACGUUGCUCACCAACGUUUGGAUCGACCAUACAUGGACGGACUACCGACUGACGUGGAACACGACUGAGUUUGACGGCAUUGACAUGCUCCGCCUCCCGUCCAGCAUGGUUUGGCUGCCAGAGAUUGUGCUGGAAAACAACAAUGAUGCCCAGUUCCAGGUGGCCUACUACAGCAACGUGCUGGUGAGCAACGAUGGUCUGUGUUACUGGUUGCCUCCCGCCAUCUUCCGCUCAUCCUGCUCCAUCAAUGUCAACUACUUCCCCUUCGAUUGGCAGAACUGCACGCUCAAAUUCACCUCGCUCACUUACAACGCCAAGGAGAUCAGGAUGCUCCUGAAGGAAGAGAGCGACGAUUCAAGCAAGUGGACGGUGGAGUGGAUCAUCAUCGACCCUGCCGGUUGGACAGAGAACGGCGAGUGGGAGGUGAUCCACCGUCCGGCCAAGAGGAACACCUACAGACACAUUCCCAUGGACAGCAACAAGCACCAGGACAUCACCUUCUACCUGAUCAUCAAGCGCAAACCUCUCUUCUACAUCGUCAACAUCAUCAUCCCCUGCGUGCUCAUCUCCUUCCUCGCCUCGCUCGUCUACUACCUGCCUGCCGACAGCGGCGAGAAGAUGACCUUGUCCAUUUCGGUCUUGCUCGCUCAGUCUGUCUUCCUGCUGCUGAUCUCUCAAAGGCUGCCGGAAACUUCCAUGUCUGUUCCGCUUAUUGUCAAGUACCUGAUGUUCAUCAUGGUGCUGGUGACGGUGGUGGUGUUGAACUGCGUAGUGGUCCUCAACCUGCACUUUAGGAGCCCGAGUACUCAUGUCAUGUCUGAGUGGACCAAGACGUUCUUCCUUGAGCGUCUACCUCGCAUCCUACGUAUGUCCCGCCCCGCCGAGGCGGAGCCAUACUGGGAUGGAGCGUUGCCACGGCGCUCCAGCUCGGCAGGCUACAUCGCCUCGGCGGAGGAGUACUACAGCGUCAAGUCCCGCAGCGACCUCAUGUUCGAGAGACAGUCGGUGAGACACGGCCUCACUGCCCGACCCACGCAUGCCUCAGUGAAAAAGCUGCAGGAGGACGGCGGCAUCACAGAGCAGCUCUACGGGGAAAUCAAGCCGGCGGUGGACGGAGCCAACUACAUCAUCAAGCACAUGCGCAACAAGAACGACUACAACGAGGAGAAAGACAACUGGAGUGGCAUCGCUCGCACGGUGGACCGACUUUGUCUCUUCCUGGUUACCCCGGUGAUGACCUUUGGCACCAUCAUCAUCUUCCUCAUGGGCCUUUACAACCACCCUCCACCUUUGCCCUUUGCUGGUGACUCCUACAACUACAGGGAGGAAAACCCACGUCUGAUGUGACACACACA